AUGGACAGUGGGUCGAGAGACUCAAGACUCGAGCGGUGGUACCAUUAUUAUAAAGUGAGGAGGGGAUGGGGCGCCAGAUCUCAGCGAAUCGUGGUCGAUCUCUCGCCCUCUUCUUGUGUUUGGCCCUUUUGCUGCUCUCUUUUUGUUUCCACCACUGCGCUGCUGCUGCUGCUGCUGCGAGGGAGGAGGAGGAGGAGCUGGUGAAGGCGGCGGCGAUGGCGGACGAGCAGCCGAAAAAGCCAGUGCCGGCGGCAGAGGAGGCGCCGGCGGCGGAGGCGGAGGCGGAGGAGGAGGAAGGACUGCACCUGGAAGAUGAUCAGGAGCCGAGGGAGCACCCGAUCAUGGGCGGCAUCUACGACGCUCCCCUCAAUAACGAGAACGGCUUCGACAAGGAAGACCUCGCCCGAUUCGCCGUCCGAGAAUACAACAACAAAAAUAGAAGGGCAGAAGGAGGAGGACGCGCGGUCGAGAUGGGGGAGCGGCUGCUGCAGCCGGUGGGAGACGUGCGCGAGGUGGGCUUGGGCAGCCACAACACCCUCGCCAAGGAAGACCUCGCGCGCUUCGCCCUCCAACACCACAACAACAACAACAACAACAACAAUAAUGCUCUUCUCGAGUUCGUCCGAGUUGUGAAGGCCAAAGAACAAGUGGUGUCGGGCAUGAUGCACUACUUGACCGUUGAGGUGAAUGAUGCUGGCAAGAAGAAGCUGUACGAGGCGAAGGUCUGGGAACAAGUCUGGAUGAAUUUCAGGCAGCUCCAGGAGUUUACCUACCUGGGCGAUGCGUAAGGUUAUCACUGUGGAUGAUCUUCGGCCUUAUAAUAUCCUGCAGUGGAGUUCAUGCAUUAUAAAUAAACUUUGAGAUGUAUGUGUGUUUGAUUGCUUUAUAUUCUCAGUUGGAAUCCUUUGUUGCGACGUACUAUGCAAUAUGUCUCGGCUAUGUGAACAGACAUUUGUGCUUUAAUUAGUCUAAGUGUGUUGCUUAUAUGAUUAUGUUAUAUAACACUGCUUUAUCCUUUUGUUUUCUUCAAGUUAUUAUUUUCUUUUU